AUGGCAGAUUCAUCCUGGACUUGUACAAUGGCAGAAAAACGCAGUGCAAAUGACCCACCUGCAAAUGGGAAAUCGGUGGGGGGUAAUGCAUAUACCAUUGACUUGACUACUUUCAGUCAGCGGUUGCAGGGUCUUUACACUAAUUGGCGUCAACACAAAGAUGAGCUCUGGGGAUCUGCUGAUGCCCUUGCUAUAGCCACACCUCCCCCUUCAGAGGAUUUGCGCUACUUGAAGUCCUCUGCUUUGAAUAUCUGGUUGCUUGGGUAUGAGUUUCCAGAGACAAUUAUGGUUUUCGGAGAUAAGCAUAUUCAUUUUCUGUGCAGCCAAAAGAAGGCAACACUUCUUGAGGUUGUGAAAAGGUCUGCUAAAGAGGCUGUGGGUGCAGAUGUUGUCAUGCAUAUUAAAUCCAAAAGUGAUGAUGGUAGUAUACUAAUGGAUGCCGUGUUUCAUGCUCUUCGUUCUCAGUUAACACCAGAUGGUAGCUCUGCCCCAAUAGUUGGACAUAUUGCUCGAGAAGCUCCAGAAGGUAAAUUAUUGGAGAUGUGGGAUGAUAAGGUAAAGAAUUCAGGCCUCCAGCUUAGUGACAUUACAAAUGGGUUGUCUGAUCUUUUCUCGGUGAAGGAUAAAAAUGAGAUUACAUGUGUAAAGAAAGCUGCAUACUUGUCUGCAUGUGCAAUGAAGAAUUUUGUGGUUCCAAAAGUUGAGAAGGUUAUCGAUGAGGAGAAGAAAGUCACCCAUUCCUUGUUAAUGGAUGACACAGAGAAGGCAAUACUUGACCCGGUGAAGAUUGGUGUCAAACUGAAGGCCGAGAAUGUAGAUAUCUGUUAUCCUCCAAUCUUUCAAAGUGGUGGAACUUUUGAUCUCAGGCCUAGUGCUUCAAGCAACGAUGAAUAUCUAUAUUAUGAUUCUGCCAGUGUUAUCAUUUGUGCCAUUGGAUCAAGAUAUAACAGCUACUGCUCCAACAUAGCCAGAACAUACCUCAUUGAUGCAAAUACGGCGCAGAGCAGGGCCUAUGAAGUUCUUCUUAAGGCCCAUGAGGCUGCAAUUAUUGCAUUGAAACCAGGAAAUAGGGUCAGUGCUGUUUAUCAAGCAGUCCUUGCUGUGGUGGAGAGGGAUGCUCCCGAGCUGCUUCCAAACCUGACAAAAUCUGCAGGUACGGGCAUUGGUUUGGAGUUUCGUGAAUCAGGGUUGAGCCUUAAUGCAAAAAAUGACAGAGUGCUGAAGGCAGGAAUGAUUUUUAAUGUUUCAAUUGGUUUCCAGAAUUUGCAAACUGGGACUAGCAAUCCCAAGAGUCAGAAAUUUUCACUGUUACUUGCAGACACUGUGAUCGUGACAGAUAAUGGUCGUGAAGUUGCAACUUCAGUUAGCUCCAAAGCUGUCAAAGAUGUGGCCUAUUCAUUCAAUGAAGAUGAAGAAGAGGAAGAGCUGCCAAAAGUGAAAUCUGACUCUAAUGUCAAGGACACUUUAUUUUCGAAAGCAACACUUCGGUCAGACAAUGGGGAGUUAUCGAAGGAAGAGCUCAGAAAACAGCACCAGGCUGAACUUGCUCGCCAGAAGAAUGAAGAAACUGCUCGACGCCUUGCUGGUGUAGGAUCUGGAAUUGGGGAUGGGCGUUCUACCAUGAGGUCUGCAAGUGAGCUAGUUGCGUACAAGAGUGUCAAUGAACUACCUCCACCUAGGGAUAUGAUGAUUCAGGUUGACCAGAAGAACGAGGCCAUUCUCCUACCGAUUUAUGGAAGCAUGGUGCCUUUCCAUGUAGCUACUGUGAAGACUGUCUCCAGCCAGCAGGAUACCAAUCGUAAUUGUUAUAUCCGGAUCAUAUUUAAUGUCCCCGGUACUCCCUUCACUCCUCAUGAUACAAACUCUUUGAAAAAUCAGGGGGCUAUCUACUUGAAGGAGGUUUCAUUUCGCUCCAAGGACCCGAGGCACAUAAGUGAAGUGGUGCAACUUAUUAAAACACUUAGACGAAAUGUCAUGGCCAGGGAGUCGGAAAGGGCUGAGAGGGCAACUCUUGUCACUCAGGAAAAACUUGUGCUCGCAGGCAACAAAUUCAAACCAAUUAAGUUACAUGACCUGUGGAUCCGUCCUGCAUUUGGUGGCCGUGCAAGAAAGUUGCCUGGCACACUGGAAGCUCAUGUUAAUGGUUUUAGAUAUUCAACAUCAAGGCCAGACGAACGGGUAGAUAUCAUGUAUGGUAACAUAAAGCAUGCAUUUUUUCAACCAGCUGAUAAAGAGAUGAUUACACUUGUUCACUUUCAUCUCCACAACCACAUUAUGAUUGGAAACAAGAAAACCAAGGAUGCCCAAUUCUAUGUUGAAGUGAUGGAGGCGGUCCAAACAAUUGGAGGUGGAAAGAGAUCUGCUUAUGACCCAGAUGAGAUUGAGGAGGAACAGAGGGAGAGAGAUCGAAAGAACAAAAUCAAUGUGGACUUCCAGAGUUUCGUGAAUCGGGUGAAUGAUCUGUGGGGACAAGCUCAAUUUAAAAGCCUCGACCUGGAGUUUGACCAGCCUCUAAGAGAACUUGGAUUCCAUGGAGUACCGUACAAAGCUUCUGCUUUCAUAGUUCCAACUUCUAGCUGUUUGGUUGAACUGAUAGAGACUCCUUUCCUUGUAAUCACCUUGAGUGAGAUUGAGAUUGUAAAUUUGGAGAGAGUUGGUCUUGGACAGAAGAAUUUCGACAUGGCCAUUGUCUUCAAGGACUUCAAGCGUGAUGUAAUGCGAAUCGAUUCCAUCCCAUCCUCUUCACUUGAUGGCAUUAAGGAAUGGCUCGACACUACAGACAUCAAAUACUAUGAGAGUAGGUUGAAUCUCAAUUGGCGUCCAAUAUUGAAGACCAUCACUGACGAUCCACAGAAAUUUCUAGAGGACGGUGGCUGGGAAUUUCUGAAUCUGGAAGGUACUGACUCAGAUUCAGACAACUCGGAAGACUCAGACCAAGGUUAUGAGCCAUCAGAUGCAGAGCCAGUUUCAGAGUCUGAGGAUGACGACUCAGACAGCGAAUCACUGGUGGAGUCUGAAGACGGAGAGGAAGAAGAUUCAGAGGAAGACUCGGAGGAAGAGAAAGGCAAAACGUGGGAUGAGUUAGAGAGGGAAGCUAGCAAUGCAGACAGGGAGAGGGAUGAAUCAGACAGCGAGGAUGAUAGGAGAAGAAGAAAGGCCAAGGCUUUCGGCAAGUCAAGGGCUGCUCCUAGUGUUGCUGCUGCAUCCAAGCGAAUGAAGUUUAGUCUCCAUCACCGGCUCCACUUACAACCGCCACCCCAAGAAAACCCCACCCAGUUUUCCAGCUUCCAUUCUUCCGUUCUUAGCGGAUUGAUCAUCAUUGGAAAGUCUUUCAAUGCUCGUUGCUAUCCAAAUUUAGGAGUUCAGAUUAUUUUAAAGACUGGUUCAGAAUUCCUACUAUUGCUGCAGAUGACAAUGGAUGAAGUAUUGACUGUAAAGGCUGCAGUUCACAAACUGCAACUCUCUUCUUGA